CUAAACAAUUACCCCAUCUCUGAACACAGAACACUAGAGUGAGCGGAAAGAUGCAUAGAGAGCAAGAGAAGGACGAAGACGAUGACGAGAUCGUCUGUUUGGAUGAAUCCUUCUUCAUUAAUCGCGAUUAUCAGAUCACCACCUUCAAAUUUGGGCCUCAGGUUCUCAAUCUGCUCUGCCUCCAGUCUGCUUCUACUGACUAUGACCUUACCGGACAGAUUGUUUGGCCAGGGGCAGUUUUAUUAAACAAUUACCUUUCUCAGAAUUCUGAAAUGCUUAAAGGGUGUUCAGUGAUUGAAUUAGGAUCUGGAAUUGGCGUUACAGGUAUUCUGUGCAGCAGAUUUUGCGAUGAGGUUGUGUUGACUGAUCAUAAUGAUGAAGUUCUUGAGAUCUUGAAUAAAAAUAUAGAACUCCAGUCAUCUUCUGGAAAUUCAAGUUAUGCUGGAUUGACAGCGGAGAAAUUGGAAUGGGGAAAUAAGGAUGAAAUAGAGCAAAUCUUACAGAAGCACCCAAGGGGAUUUGAUAUUAUUCUUGGGGCUGAUAUUUGCUUUCAGCAAUCAAGUAUCCCUCUGCUUUUUGAUACAGUGGAAAGGAUUCUCCAAUUCAGAGCAGGCCAGUGCAGAUUUGUUCUUGCUUAUGUGUCUCGAGCUAAAGUAAUGGAUGUGAUGGUUCUAAACGAAGCAGUUCAGCAUGGAUUGGAUGUCAAGGAAGUAAGCGGUACAAGAUCAAUCAUCUCAAACCUCGAAGGAGUCAUAUUCGAGAUCACACUUAAACAAGCAUCAGAAUUUUGAAGCAAGAUCGUUAUCGUUCUUUAAUGUGCUGUGAAAACUUAGAUACUUUAACGGCGUCAGUUCCUUCUUGUCUUUUGCAUGCAAGGAUUUGACUACAAGAUGCAGAAAACCAGGAAUUUAUCGAAGCUUGUAUACGAUGAUUUAUGUAUUUAUGUCAAGGGUUACUGAGAUUGCAGGAAGAAGAGUUCUAUAGCAGAAGAGUUUACAAAUUUCAUAAGUGAGAACAAGAACAUGAACAUGUAAGUGAUUCAGUGGGGUGACUUUUUGUGGGGAAGUUAAUUACAGGUUUUAACUGAAAAAAUUAUUUAGUUAUCAUAAUUUGUUUGUUAAUUAUGUAUUUUUGUGUAAAAACUUUUAAUUGAAUAAUCAUUCAAGCUAAUCUUGAUGCAA